AUGCUCCGGUUUGUGGGACCCAACGGAGCACCAGGAACAGGUGGUCUUGUCCAUUUGAUUGAAUACGCGUGUGAAUACAUGGUCAAGACAAUCCAAAAAGUGCAGCGCGAAUACAUCAAGUGCAUUGUUGUGAAACCGGAAGCCAUGACCAUGCUCACUCGCCAUAUCGAUAAGUAUUUCACAAAGACCAUCUACACUCAGCCUUGUAAGUCGUGGAUGAAGCGAGGAAAGGAGAACGGUCGAGUUAUCACCCUCUGGCCGGGCUCGGCGAUUCACGCGGUGGUUGCUCUCGAGAACCCCCGAUGGGAGGACUUCAAUUAUAACUACCUACCAGAGACCGAAGACAAUCAUUACAGCUAUCUUGGAAAAGGUCUGACGAUUGCCCAAGAAGCAAAUCUGGUGACUACCGAAUAUCUCGACACUGUUAGCAAACCCCGGUCACAAAUCACAACUCUAUUCCUGAGCCUGAGAGUCCAUAUCUGGUAUUGGAAGAACGGAAGAACGGUCAAGCUGUUUGAGCGGAAUGCGCUAUGUUAUUUCCUAUUUAUCUUAGAUAGACUAGCUCUAUGCUUAUUCUGA